AUGAUGAUCGACGCUUCCGACCACUCCCCUUUACCGACAACGAGCAUGUAUGAUUCUUGGUCCUUCUUUUCUACGGUUUUUGUGAUUGCUCAUGUUUUUUACUCCGAUUUUGGGUUUUUUCCCCUUUUCCCUUCACAGCCCUUAACCAUCGUCGACCAUUCACCACCGUCAGCCUCUACAUCUCCUUCCGUUGAACUCUUUCCGGUGAUUCAACAACCUACACUACUGGAGUUCUAUAUAGUAAUGGCUACAAAGAUCAACAAGGAUUUUCGUAAGGGCUGCAAGUGUAAGAAGUCCAAGUGCGUGAAGCUUUAUUGUGAUUGUUUUGCUGGUGAAUUUUAUUGUGGUGAAGAUUGCUCUUGCACAGAAUGCUUCAAUCGAGUUGAAUAUGAAGAUACAGUUGAGGUGGCACGUGAGAAAAUAAAAGUGAGAGAUCCACUUGCAUUUGACCCCAAGAUUUACCCCGUUGUACAGUCUACAAGAAGCCACAACGAGGGUGGAAAUCAGGUGAUGCCAGUUGUAGGAAAACACAGAAAGGGUUGCACUUGUAAGAAUUCAAUGUGCUACCAAUUGUAUUGUGAGUGUUAUAAGGCUAAUGUUGGAUGCACUGUUGGAUGCCGAUGUGAAGGAUGUAAAAAUGGGUUUGGCAUCAAAGGAGAGUAUAAUGUGUAUAAUGCACUUCAAACCAUGAGAGCCAUCAAUGAGAAACCAAACGACUGUGAAAACACGAAAUUGGAGUUAACUAGGUUGGAAUUUUCUCCUCCUGAAUCCGGUUAUCUUCAAAGCUCAACUCCUUUGACAAGGUUUCAAUAUCCAGACCAUGGAAAUGAUACAUCAAGAACCGAAAGUUACAUUAAUCCAUCACCAAUAUCUGCAAUCAGUGGGGUGAUAGGAACAAGUACAAGAGAGUUUGAUAUUGGUUCUUUGAAUCAACAAUCAUAUCCGUAUGUGGAUCAAAGCAUGGAUAAUCAACUUACACCUGGAGAGAUCAAUGAAAUGUUGGACUGGAACCCUAACGAGACCCUUAUAUAUACUGCUGUCGACAACAUGACUCAAUAUACCAAGUGA